AUUUGGGUUUCCGCCAAAACCUAUUUCUGCUACGCCACUCUACAUAUCCAGAGGUAUUUGUGGCUUUUUCGUCUCCACUCUCAAUUCAAAUUUAUUUUAUUUUAUUUUUAUUUUAUCAAAAUUUCAGUGAUUUCUGUAUCGAAUAAUUAAUAUCGAUACGCAUUAACUCACAAAUCAUCGAACAAAACUCUCAGAUUUUUCGGUUGUUUUGUUGUUCGUAAUGGCAUCUUCUUCGACAUAUUCCGCUUGGACAUUGAGUGGCACUAUACUUUCUCCCAAGGCAUCAACAAAGUGCAAUGCCGAAUUUAUCUGCAAUUAUCGAAACAGUAAUUUAAACCAAACGCUCAAUUCCGUUUCCAUCUCUGCAUCUGCCGACACAUCGCACUCUUGGCUAUGCCCAAACGAGAAAGCAAUCAAUUCGAAAAGAGGCAAGUGGGCCCUCAAGAGUGGGGCGCUCGAUUUCGAGAUGGAGACCAAGGCUUCAAUUUCAAAGGGGAGCAAGUUUCAGCUCGAAGACAUCAUCGAGGCUCAGCAAUUUGACAGAAAUACCCUCGGUGCAAUAUUCGACGUGGCACUCGAGAUGGAGAAGAUUGUGAAGACCACCGGUGGAAGCCAGAUUCUUAAAGGGUAUCUUAUGGCGACGCUAUUUUACGAGCCAUCUACUAGAACUAGGCUUUCUUUUGAGUCGGCUAUGAAACGAUUGGGCGGUGAAGUUUUGACUACGGAAAAUGCACGCGAGUUCUCGUCAGCUGCAAAAGGCGAGACGCUUGAAGAUACUAUAAGAACGGUUGAAGGGUACACCGAUAUAAUAGUGAUGAGGCAUUUCGAAAGUGGUGCUGCAAAAAGGGCUGCAACGACGGCUAAUAUCCCGAUUAUUAAUGCUGGAGAUGGACCUGGUCAACAUCCAACUCAGGCCCUCUUGGAUGUGUACACUAUCCAAAGAGAGAUCGGAAAACUCGACGGCAUCAAAGUUGGCCUCGUUGGAGACCUUGCUUACGGAAGAACAGUCCGCUCACUCGCCUAUUUGUUGGCGAUGUACAAGGAUGUUAAAAUCUACUUUGUUUCACCCGAAGUAGUGAAAAUGAAGGACGACAUAAAAGAUUAUCUGACAUCUAAAGGGGUAGAAUGGGAAGAGAGCGCCGAUUUAAUUGAGGUGGCUUCUAAAUGCGAUGUGGUGUACCAAACGCGUAUUCAACGGGAGAGAUUUGGAGAGAGGAUCGAUUUAUACGAGGAGGCUCGAGGGAAAUACAUUGUUGAUAAGGACGUGUUGAAUGCGAUGCAGAAACAUGCAGUUGUGAUGCACCCGUUGCCGAGGCUUGACGAGAUAACGGUUGAUGUGGAUGACGAUCCAAGGGCUGCGUAUUUUAGACAAGCGAAGAAUGGGCUGUAUAUUCGAAUGGCUCUUUUGAAGCUAUUGCUUCUUGGGUGGUGAGGCAGAGUGCUCCGUUUUUUGGUUGGUCGAAGAUUCAUUUUUUAUCGACCGAGUUUUUGAGUCGAUUUUUUGGUCCUUUUGAGACUUGAAUUGUGGAAAUUGUUGCUAUAUUUUUCUUAAUUAUGCAGAGAACAAUUCUGCCAUGAUUUUGUUUUUUGUGGCAGUUGGAAACAAAUUCUGCCAAUUUUUGCUCUACUUUGCUUUAGAUACUUUUUCUGAGUGAUGAAUUAAUUUUUUUUUAAUUAU